GUAUACGGCCGGUCAUAGUAUAGUAUCACGACCGUUGACAGUUCGCUACCGAUUAUGUUUCCAAUUAAACGUUUAUCAUUUAUCCAUCGUUGAAUUUCGAUGCAGGCGGACCACACCAAAGUUUACACCUACUUGGCCGUGUAAACAAUUGCAGUCAACAAGAAAUCCUCAAAUGAAACUCGUGUCGGACUUAACAAUUUCUACCGAUUGCCACUAACCAAUAACGGCACUAUAAGAAAUUUCUUUUAAAGUGCCUCCAUGAGCGUUCCUAAGUAAAAAAAAUGAGAUGGUCAAUCAAUAUAUUAUAUAUUUAAGUACUACAUAAUAUUUUUAAAUAUGGAAGACUGGAUAGCAGCUAUGAAAGUUACUGAUAGUAGAGAUAUCUUAAAUCAGCCUCUUGGUACAGAUUUAAAUGAUUUUCUCUCAGGAAAUCAUUCAUGGCACACUACAUCACAUGCUCGUCCAACUUAUUGUAAUAUUUGUAGAGAUCAGUUGUCUGGAGUGACAUCCCAUGGUUUUAGUUGUGAAAUCUGUAAGUGUAAAGUUCAUAAGCGUUGUGUUAAUAAAGCAAUUAGCAACUGCAAAUGGACAACUUUAGCUUCUAUAGGAAAAGAUAUUAUUGAAGAUAAACAUGGGAAUAUUUUGAUGCCCCAUCAAUGGAUGGAAGGAAAUCUACCAGUAUCUUCAAAAUGUUCCGUCUGUGAUAAAACUUGUGGAUCUGUUUUAAGACUUCAAGAUUGGCGAUGUUUGUGGUGCAGAGCAACAGUUCAUACAGCUUGUCGUCCAAAACACACUGUAAAAUGUCCAUUAGGAACCAACAGGUUGAGUGUUGUUCCACCCACAGUAAUACAUUCUGUUGGUAAGAAUAGAAACAAUUUUGUGCACAAGGAAUCCAAAAGAUUGAAUUAUUAUUUGGCUGUAGGAAAUGAUGACACUUUAGAGGCGAUUCAACCUCAGGGAUGUUCGCCACUUUUGGUGUUUGUCAAUUCCAAAUCUGGAGACAAUCAGGGUGUCAAAUUUCUUAGACGUUUCAAGCAAUUAUUAAACCCAGCCCAAGUUUUUGAUCUCAUUGGUAAUGGGCCAGGUCCUGGUUUAAGGUUAUUUAGACAUUUUAACCCAUUCAGAGUUCUAGUAUGCAGUGGUGAUGGUUCAGUUGGUUGGGUACUUUCCGAAAUUGAUAGACUCAACAUGCAAGUACAAUGUCAAGUUGGUGUAUUACCUUUAGGUACUGGUAAUGACUUAGCCCGAGUAUUAGGCUGGGGUGCAUCAUGCGAUGCUGAUACUCACAUAACACAGAUUCUAGAAAAAUAUGAACGAGCGAGUACUAAAAUGUUAGACAGAUGGAGUAUAAUGGUUUAUGAACGUAGUAUUGAUAUAGGUAGUGACACAAAACUCACUAUUAAUUCUGGUGUACAAGACAGCACUAAAAUAGAAACAUCAAUAACCAACUAUUACAAUACUAUUAUGAAAAGUUUAAGUAUUAUACUACAAUCUAAUCAGUAUAGUACAAUAAUUGAUACAGCAAAAAACUUAUGUGAUACUGUUAAGGAAUUUAUUAUUUGUAUAACUGAGUAUAAUAUGGGAACCAACAAUUGUGAACUAAAUAAUAUGCAACAGGAUUUAAGAUACAAAUUAGAUCGGCUUUUACAACUAAUUCAAAAAGAAGAAUUUAAAAUGUCUUAUGAUCAAAAUAAAGAAGAAAAUUUUGUUCCAAUUCACAUUGUAGACAAUAAUAGUAAUAUUAAUGAAGUAAAAAAUAACAAGAUAAAAUUAAAUAAAAAUAAUUCAAAUAACAAAUUGAUGUAUAAAGCUAAAUUAUUUGAACAAACUAAUAGUUUUAAAAAAUCAGUUACAAAAUUAAUUGAACAUUCAGAAAAAAUUCAAAAUGUUUUUUUGCAAAACUCUUGUCAAUCAACUAUUCAAGAGUCCACAAGUAUUGAUGAUAAGACAAAUUUUCAGUUUUUAAAAACACAGUCAAUAGUAAAUCCUAUGUCAAUAUCUCCUAUUCCAACUGAAAGAAGAGAUUCUGCUUGUUCCUUAGACCUUAAUAUAGAAUCAUUACCUGCCCCUAUAGAAUUUGCUGACAGUCGACAAGAAACAAUAACUGAAGACCAAAAUGCAGUGCUUUCUGAAGAAGAUACCAGUACAUAUCAAAUGUCUCAGUAUGAUGAUUUAAAUAGUUAUUGCCAAAUGUAUGAAUCUGAUAAGAUAAAAAUUGAAAAUAAUGAACUCAUAAAAUUGUGUUCAUUUAAAAUAUGUGAUGAAGAAUCAAUGAUUCAGAUUGGGCACAUUGAUUCAUCUGAAGCUUCAGAUGAAGCACCUAAUAGCUUCAAAACAUAUGAUAACAAAUGCACAGUUAAUUAUGCACAAUAUAGUUUUCGACAAUCAUGCAAAAGUUCUUUAACCUGUCAUAUACCUAAAACACAAUUUAGUACCAAUGAAUGUAUAGAAUCUGAUUUAGAUGCAAAUAAUUUGAUUUCUUCUUCGCCAGAAGAUGAAGAGAGUGAAGAUUUUCAUAAAGAAUUAAGAAUUACUGAUAAUGUUCCUAAGAAAUGCAGUAUUGCUCAUUUCAUUGAAGGGAAUGAUAUUGCGAGAAGGUCAAUCAAAUGUCGCCAUGUUAAUAGAACAUACAGUGACAUGGAAGCAGACUCUCAAUUUACAUUUAAAAGUAUUAAAGAGGAGUCAACUAAAACAAAUAAAAGUUUGGGAUUAGAACUAUUAGAUAUUUCCAAUAUCAAGACUGAAAUAAAUGUUAGAAUUCAAGGUUCUAAUAGCAAUUUAAGUAAAAAUGGUGAUGGUGAAAGAUUAACUUAUGCACAGAACACAAAAUCAUUAAAUGAUCCAUUAUUUGAUGAUGAAGAUGAAGAAAUUAAAAAAUUAAAAACCUUAAAAAGAAGUAUAACUAUGAAUGGUCCUGCUGUUGUUAUUGACCCACCUUCUCCUCAGAAUUUCACCUCUAACCAAAAGUGUGACAUAGAAGUGUUUCAUUUAGAUUUUAGAAGAAAUAGUUUUGAUAGUUGUCGUAGACUUUCAGCUGCAUCUCCUAUUAUGUUAAAUGCUUCACCUUUACGUUCAUCACAUAAAAUUUCAAGUAGCACAGCAUUACAUACUAGAAAUACUUCACCUACACUAUUCUCAACAUUUAAAGAAUCAUCACUAAAAAGUGGGAAAACAUUGCCUAUUAUUAAUCCAUUAGUCACUCUACCUACUUGGCCAAAUGUAGCAGAAUCUAGUUUAAUAAGUCAAGUAUUGUUAGCAAACGCUGAUGCACUUUGUGCGCCAGCUGUACCUUUAAUGGAUCCAGAUGAAACAUUGUUGGAAGGAUUUUUUGAAAAAUGUAUUAUGAAUAAUUAUUUUGGAAUUGGUAUUGAUGCCAAAAUAUCUUUGGACUUCCACCACAAAAGAGAAGAACAUCCAGAAAAAUGUCGAUCAAGAACACGAAAUUACAUGUGGUAUGGCGUUUUAGGAAGUAAACAAUGGUUACAGAAAACGUAUAAAAAUUUAGAUCAAAGAGUGCAGUUGGAAUGUGAUGGACAACGAAUACCUUUACCUUCUUUACAAGGGAUUGUUAUAUUAAAUAUACCUAGUUUUAUGGGUGGAACAAAUUUUUGGGGUGGAACUAAAGAAGAUCGCAUAUUCUUAGCUCCAAGUUUUGAUGACCGAAUAUUAGAAGUAGUUGCUGUAUUUGGAACAAUUCAAAUGGCCGCUUCACGUCUUAUUAAUUUACAACAUCAUCGAAUAGCUCAAUGCACUACAAUUCAAAUAAAUAUUUUGGGUGAUGAAGGCGUUCCAGUUCAGGUAGAUGGAGAAGCAUGGAUACAACCUCCUGGUAUGAUUCGAAUCAUUCACAAAAACAGAAUGAAAAUGUUAUGUCGUAACAAAACUUUAGAACUAUCUUUAAAGUCUUGGGAAGAAAAACAAAAACAAAUAAAAUGUCAAAAUAAAAGAGCUCAAAGUCAGUCUUUAUGCAAAUAUACACCACUCAGUGAAGAAGAAUGGAAAAUAUUGCAGGAUUUCUUAGAUGCUGCCAUGAACCUCAUAGGAUUUAUCAAAGAAAUAUUACUAAGACAAGUAUGGUUAGAAGGAGAAAAUUUAAAGAAGUUAAUUGAAACAAUUCAUGAAAAUAUAAAAAAAAUUAGUGUUUUUGAAAAUAAAACAAAAGAGAAAGAGAUACGUUCUGUAGCUACUGAUAUUGUUCUGAGUACAAGGCGUUUACAUGAAGAAACUCUCGGUGUUAUAAGAACUUCUGAAAAUGUUUUUGGUGGAGAAUUAGUGAUAAAACUUACUUUGGCAUUCAGCCAAUUAGAAGAAGAAUUUAAGAAAUGUCUAAUAUCAUCCAAAGACUCUGAUAAUUAUUCAACCAGUGCUUAUGUUUACUUCAUGAGUAAUUCUUAUGAAUCGGAUAAACUAAGUCGUAAAGGUCAAUUUUGGCAAAGAAAAUGGAGCAAAUCAAAUAAUGAAGUAUUCAACUCUGACAUAACAAAAUGGAGUAUAGUAGAAGUUGGUAUAUGGUUAAAAUCAAUACAAAUUAGUGAAUACACUGAAUUGUUUAUCAACAAUGAUAUUCGCGGAAAAGAAUUAUUAAACUUGUCGAGACGUGAUCUUAAAGAAAUGGGUAUUACUAAAGUAGGACAUAUUAAGCGUAUACUUAUGGCUGUGAAAGAAUUAAAUAUGUUUAAUGAAGAUCACUAAACUAAUUUAAAUUUAAUAAAAAAAAUUUAAAGCCAUAAACUUUAAACAAAAAAUUAUGAAAAUCUACUAACAAAUUAAUCAAUAUAAUUUCUUAUAUUCUAUUUUAUGCAAAAUAUUAAUGGAAUAUAUUUUUGGAAUAAAUAACAAUAUGUAGAAUAUUUUCAAAUAUGCAAAAAAAAAUUUUAUUGUUUAAUUAAACGCUUCGCCAUUCAUUGAGAUUUCUAAAAAAUAUGUAAGAAGAAUGAAAUUCCGUCCUCUAGUUAUUCUCAAUACAGUUCUAUUAUAUCAAGUAAUUAAUUUUUUUAACUUUUUAACUCAAUUUACAUUUUUAUUCUCAAAUUAUGAAUACAUGUAAAAAUAAAUUAUUAAAAUUUAUGUUCAAGCUAUCAUAAAAUUUUUAGUACUAAGUUAAUAACUUUAAGUUAUUGAUUUAUUUCUGAUAUUUAUUUAAAAUUUCUUAUUUCAAAAAAUCAUGACUUUUUUACUGAUAAAAUACUUUUUCAACAUUUAAUUUAAAAAAUGAGAUGUUUAAGUAUUUUACUACUUAUCUUACAAUAAAUAAUAAUGCUAGAAAUUUGAAACUUAUACAAUAAUAUUAAUUUAUAUAAAAUUUUAUGUAAACAUUUUAUUUUCGAAAAUGAUAGGAAGGAGAUCAUCUAUACACACACCAGUAGUCAUCAUAUCACCACUAAUUACAUCUAACCAUCUCUUUUUCAGUCUUCCUUAUCCUUUUCUUUUCUUCUUUUAACAUUCAUUUCCAUAACUGAAGAGUGAAUGUGUCAAACGUUCUGUGUCCCAAAAACAUAUUUGUUCAGAAAACAUAAAAAACAAUGGUAACAUGGGCAUGUCUCACAUAACGAACACCAUCUAUGAAUGCAAUUUUGUACAAGUAAAAAAUUUAAUUGACAUUUGAAACACAUACAAGAUUGUGGCCUUUGGCACAUAAAACAUAAAUAAGAAAUAAAACAAUUUUUCACUUUUUUGGCACAUAGAACGUUUGACACAUUCACUUUUCAACUAUUCUUAAAGCUUCCAAUUUCUCUUUCCUUAUAAUAUGAUCAAUUCAUCUAAGCCUAUUUUUUUAUAAGUAUAAAUAAUAUCUAAAUUGAUUAUACUUGAAUUCUAAAUAAAACAAGUAAUACAAAUUACUCUUGUUCUUGAUAAUUACAUUGAUAUUUCUUCCAUUUUCUUUGGUUCUUGAAAGUAAAAUCUUGCCUGUUGCUGUAAUACGAUUCUUUCUGCUUUAUUAAAUAAAUAUCACUGGACACAUUUGUUGCAACAAUACUUAAAAUAAAGUAGUUUUAAUGCAAAUCUGAUAACCACAGGGUAUUUAUUUGAAUUUUCUUUUCACCAUAUGAGUGGAUAUUGGUCUUUUUCAAAUUAAUUUUAAUAUCACUGCAAGCUUUCAAUUCGAAGAAAGUCAAGUUCUGUAUUAUUUGUUCCAUUUCUUCUUCAUCAUCACUAUCUGCCAAUAAUGAACUCAUGUUUUUUGAAAAUCAUCUAUAUUUUCUCCAUUACUUAUUUAGUUGUUUGUUGAAUUUGUAUUUCUUGUUCCAAUUCUUUCCAUACUUGAAUAUAAAUGUAUCUUUUAUCUUAGAUCCAAGGCUGCUACAUUUAUGACUACACCUGCUAUUUAUUAAAUCACUGUUUAUAGUUUUUAUAAAUGUACUGUGUAUUAGUUAGGUUUCUAGUAAUUUAAUAGACCUUUAAACCCACUCUCUGUUUUAUACAAAGUAACUUAAUUGUCUCCUCCAAGUAUUUCUGUUACUUCUUUAAAUGGAUUUAAAACUUUAACAAAAUCUUCCAUUUUCUCUGAUUUUUGCGACUAAUUUGCAUAAAUAUUAUACGCCACUUAUCAGUUUUUUAAUUUAAAAUCAAUGUAUUAUUGACAGGAUUAAAAAAAUUUAAUACAGUAUGAAUCAUAUAUGGGUUGAAUUCGAUAGUAAAGUACAUGGUUAUUGAAAUAAAUGGUAGUUUUGUCUUUAUUUUGAUACAUGACUGUAAAUAUGACUUCAAGAUGAUUGUAUUACUACAAUAUUUAAAUGGAUAAUGUAACGGGAUGUUAAAUAAUUUUUAGGACAAAUUUUAAAAAAAUAUAAUGAUUACUACAGUUAAUUAAGUAAAUUAAUGUACACCUCUAAAUGUAGGAUAACAACUUUUUUCUUAUUAAAUAUUUACAUUAAUAUUAAGUAAAGUAAUUAGUGCACAUUAUGCUGAAUGAGGCAAUUAUAUAUUGGGACAAAGUAUGCUAAUCAUAUAAUUUGCGCCUGCAAAUUUUGCUCCAAGCACAGAAAAUGAAUUAGCUUUAUAUUUUUAUCCAUUAUCACGAAAAUAAAAAAAUAAAAAAACUAAUGUAUUUAAUAUAAAAGUUUGCGAAGACUGCAUUCUGACGACUGCUGAUUAAUUUUAUCACAAUGCUAUUGGAUAAUGGUGUGUUUAGAUUUGAGCCGCAAAUUCGCGGAAACUCAAGAUAUUUCUGGCUUGCAAGUUACUGUUUUAGAUGGCGUAAUUUCUACAAGUAUCAAGAAAAGUCUAGAUAUUAUUAGUAAAUAUGAUUUUUGCUGUUUAUUCGAU